UCGGAUUUCCUCAGCCCCAAGGCCAUCGCCAACCGCAUCAAGUCCAAGGGGCUGCAGAAGCUGCGCUGGUACUGCCAGAUGUGCCAGAAGCAGUGCCGCGAUGAGAAUGGCUUCAAAUGUCAUUGCAUGUCUGAGUCCCACCAGAGGCAAUUGCUGCUGGCUUCUGAAAAUCCUCAGCAAUUCAUGGAUUACUUUUCUGAGGAAUUCCGAAAUGAUUUCCUAGAACUGCUCAGGAGGCGAUUUGGAACCAAGAGAGUGCACAAUAAUAUUGUGUACAACGAAUAUAUCAGUCAUCGAGAACACAUCCACAUGAAUGCCACGCAGUGGGAGACACUGACUGAUUUCACUAAGUGGCUGGGGAGAGAAGGUCUUUGCAAGGUGGAUGAGACUCCGAAAGGCUGGUAUAUUCAGUACAUUGAUAGGGACCCAGAGACUAUUCGCAGGCAACAAGAACAAGAGAGGAAGAAGAAACAAGAUCUUGAUGAUGAAGAAAAAACUGCUAAAUUCAUCGAACAACAAGUUAGAAGAGGUUUGGAGGGGAAAGAACUGGAACAGCCAGUUUAUACUGAACUGAACAGAGAAAAUGAAGAAGAAAAAGUUACAUUUAAUUUAAACAAAGGAGCAAGUACUUCAAUAGCAGCAUCUUCUAAAACAAGCAGUGUCCUUGGACCGAAUGCACUGAAGAUGGUGGAAGGGGCAGUUAAAAGAAAAGAAUCAGCUCAUAGUUCUGGUCAAUCCAAAGAGAAAAAGAAGAAAUCUGCACUGGAUGAGAUUAUGGAGCUUGAAGAGGAGAAGAAAAGAACGUCUCGAAGAGACUACUGGUUGCAGCCUGAAAUCAUUGUAAAAAUUGUAACGAAAAAGCUCGGAGAGAAGUACCACAAGAAGAAGGCAGUUGUUAAGGAAGUGAUUGACAAAUAUACAGCAGUUGUGAAGGUGAUUGAUUCUGGAGACAAACUGAAGCUUGAUCAGACGCAUCUGGAAACUGUAAUACCCGCACCAGGCAAGAAGGUGAUGGUACUAAAUGGCGGUUACAGGGGAAAUGAAGGCGUCUUGGAAUCCAUCAAUGAGAAGAGGUUUUCGGCCACAAUAAUCAUCGACUCUGGACCUUUAAAAGGACGCCGAGUUGAAGAUAUCCAGUACGAAGACAUUUCCAAACUCGCCUGAGGUGCUCAUGGUGGAUCAGAGAAGAUUUUGGUUCCCUGAAACAUCUCUCUGGCAUCUUGCGAGCAGACAGAAGACUCUACCGUGUCAGGGUUUUAAUUGCCUAUGUGUGUAUGUAUUUAUAAUGUAUAUAGAAAUUAACUGCCAGCAAACUGGAUUUAUUUAAAGAUCACUACGGAUUUGUUACAUAAAAUGUUUGUGGAAAUCUUACCAGUGGAAAUAUUUCAUCUGAUUCUAUGUCAAAGUUACAAUAUUUGGUUCAAUUUCCUUUUGUAAAAUACAGCA